AUGAUUAGUUUGCUGAAUUCAUCAGUGCAUGAUGACUAAUAUCAUUCAAAUCACAAACUUAAAUAAAAAUAUUAGGUUCACAGACAAUACAAAAUUCCUGAAUUUGACUGUACUAGCAGAUUCAACAUUUUAAGAGGUUCUCCUAAUUCCAGCAGAAAAUACAUUACUAUUGAACCGAUUAAAUAAUCCUUGGAUUGUGGCUCAGCAUUUCAGGGAUUUCAAAUUAGAGUCCUCAAACCACAGGAAAGGUAUGAAACUCAAAAAGAAGAAAAAUACAUUCCAAUCACUAAAAGUGCAUAACUUAAAAGAAGAAAGGAAUAGAAAGAAGACAAUAUCAAUCAAACUCAAGACGAUUCACUACUACCUAGAUUUUAUUCACCUAUUCAAACUCCAAGGAAGCUUGCUUUUACAAAGAUGAAGGAAUCAAUCUCCAAACCCUUCUUUAGUAAGUCUGAGAAUGUCGACCAUAUAAUUACUAUUAGUUCAAGAUCUCAAAUAUACGAUCAAUUAAAGAAGGGGAUGAAUUUGAAAUGCUUGUAUUUCUCCUAAAGAUAAGAGACUAUUGAUAAAAUAAUUGUUAUCAACUUUGAUAGUAUUAUAUGAAAUGAAUUUAUAGAUUUAAUUUUGGGAAAAAGGAAGUCAUUUUGGGAAUAAUCUAGUGAAAUCAAAUUAUGUUCUAAGCUAUUUGCCUAAUAAUGCGAUAAUUCCUUUUGUUCAUGUGUCCUCCAAAAAGAUCUAAAAUCAACACUGCAAUUGUACAUAUAACAUAACUAACAUCAAGAUUGUCAAAACAUUUUUAUGUGAUCUUCAUUUUCGAAUGCGGAUUAAGAGGAUCCGCCUGGUCAUCAUACCUAAUUGAUUGUGGUUUUGUUGUUGAUGCCAUCUAUUGUAUUCAGAAAUCUAAAUUGUAUGGAGGAGGAAUUAAAAUGAAAUAAAUUAUUUCGCAUUUUGGCAAAUCUCAAAUCAGAGAACUGAUCUACUUUGGAUCAAUAGACACAGAUAUCUAUUCUGACAAUUUGCCCAUUGAGUAGUUCUACUAUUAAAUUCCAAUUGUGUAGUAAUAGGUUUCUGUUAAAAUCUAUUUGAUGCAAUUGUAAAAGUCCAAAUCGAUUGAUUCUAAGUUGUUCUAUGAAAUCAGCAUGCUUCAUUGCAAUCAGAAGGAUUGCUUUAAUUACAAAAAAUGGCUAAAUGUUACGAAAUUAGAGUUGCAACCAAUUAUUUCUUCGUUGAUUUAAAUGGAAAUAGAGGAUGAAAUUUCAAAUUCUAUAUUUAAAAAUCUGUAUAUUCAUUUCAUUUAUUCAUAGUAAUUUAGAUCACUCUUAAAGAAACAUUUCGGAUGAAGAAGAAGAUAAAAACAGUUAAAACAGUUUAUUACAAUGGUUGUAUCAAACCAAGAAAUUGUUAUUGGAUUACUUUAAAAGCAUUAAUAGUGAAGAAUAAAACUAAAAUCCUAUUACUUUGAUUGGAGAUUUCUUAAGAAGAAAUUCUUCUAUUGAAAUGAAUUUCCUUACCCAAGAUUAUGUAAAAUAAGCUAAGCGAUUCAAUUUGUAUAAUGAAUUAAAAGCUUCGACUACAGCACAAGCAACUUUUCGGAAAUAAAGUAAAAUGGAAUGCUUUGUUAUUUAAGAUUGA